UGCAUGACGACUUCAUUUCAGUCUGCCUUGCAUCCCUUGGCGACAAACAUACAUCCCUCACACAGAUCAGACUCUCAACACCUCGCUAUCAUGUCCGCAGAACAGAUCAAAUGCAACGAGCUCGUCGAACAGGGCAAGAAGGCCCUGGCGCUCUCGGACUGGGAGGGGGCCGUAGAGAAAUAUGCCGCGGCCUUGGAGAUCAUGCGAUCGAUGCACGGCGACUCGGCACCUGAAUCCGCUCCUCUGCUCCUGCCUUACGGAAAAGCGUUGGUAGAGAUCGCUAUCGAGAACCAGGGAGUGCUCGGGAAAGAAGAGCCCGAGAAAGAAAAUGAUGAGGGACAGGAAGAGGCUGGCCCAUCUACCAACCAACCUACCGCAUCUGCUUCAGGCGAACCUGCCGAAGAACAAGAGGAGGAGGAAGAGACGGAAGACGACGAUUUCACCAUCGCCUGGGAGAUCCUCGACCUCGCACGGAUAUUAUACCAAAAGCGCCAGUCUUCUGGCGAGGACGUAGGAAGGGAGUUGGGAGAGUGUUUCGGACUCUUGGGGGAUGUCAGUUUGGAGAACGAAAAUUUUCCGCAAGCCGUUGAAGACUACAAAUCCGCCCUCGAAUCGUAUUCCACCGCCCUUCCCUCGUCAUCCCGUGAGAUCGCCUCGUCCCAUUACAAACUCGCCAUCGUCCUCGAGAACAUCCCCGAUAGGAGGGAAGAGGCAUUGGAGAACGUCAGGUUGGCGAUCGAGAGCGUGAGGAUGAGAAAGGGGAUCGUCGAUGGCGGCGAGGAUCCUGAUAAGAAGCAGAAGGACGGGUCAGCGGGCAAGGGCAAGGGAAAAAAGCAGGAGGUUGGGAUCAAGUUGUCCGACGAGGAGAGGGAAAAGAAGAGCAAGGAUUUGCAAGAACAGUUGGGAGACUUGGAAGCCAAGCUGGAAGACCUGAAGACCUCGCCUCAACAGCGAGACGUUGUCGAAGAAUCCGUCGCUCACCUCCUCGGAAACGCCCCGACGGACAUCCCUGCUUCUAUCGGCUCGGCCGUGCAGAGCGGGGUAGACGCUGUAAAGAACGCCGAUGUCGCUUCUUCCAUCGCUGGGGCCGGUCAAAAGGUGGCUGAGCAGGUGGCGCCCAAGGUCAACGACUUGACGGGGAUGGUGAGGAGAAAGGGAAAGAAGGCAGGGGAUGCUGUUGCCGAUCAGGCUGGCAAGGGGAAGGAGGUUGCGGUGGACCAGGCUGGUAAGACCGCGGAUGUCGUCCUAGACCAAGCCGGGAAGGCCAAAGAGGUCGCUCUGGAUCAGGCUGAACAGGCGAAACAAGUCGCACUGGAACAAGCCACCAAGGCCAAGGACGUCAUAGUAGACCAGGCCAGUGGGCUAGCAGACGUCCUGGCGGACAAGGCUGACCAAGCUGCCGAUGUCCUCGCCGCGAAAGCCGUCCAAGCUCAAUCUGCGCUUAUGGAUGUCGGUGCCCAGGCCCAAUCCGCCCUCUCCUCUGCUGCCGAUCAGGUCUCUGUGAGCGUCUCCACCGCUACCGACUCUGCCGCCCAGACUGCCCAGUCGGUGGAAAAGGACCUGGUCGAACGUGCCGAACAGGCCGCGUCGGAUAUGAAACACCGCAUGGACGAGACCUUGCGUUCGGCGGGAGAGGCAAUCGAGAAGCUUCAACAUGCCGGGCAGGACACGUUGAGGGAUACGAUCGGCGCGUUGAAACGGACCGCCGAGGGGGUCUAUGCCGAGGUCAUGCAAGAGGGUAAAGAGUUGACAGAAGGUGGGGUCGAGGCGUUGACGGGCGUCGCUGACGACUUGUCGAAAACCACCUCCUUGGCCGAGGGACUGGUCGAGAAUGCGGAAAAGAAGGCCAAGGGGGCAUACAGCGCUGCGGUCCAGGCAGGUACCGCGUUGGUAGACGAGGUGAUGGAGGAGGGCAAGGACAUGACGAGGUCGACCGUCGAGGACGUCGUCGGAGCCGCAGAAGAGGUCAUGGAAGGGAUCGAGAGGGUCGGGAGGGAGGGGAAGAGAAAGGUGGACGAGGUCGCUCCCGAGCCCGUGCAGGAAGAAGGCAACAAGAAGCAAAAGACGCAGUGAGGAUCCAGGUUGGUGAUGGCCUGACAAGAAUGCAAGCGGGGAGAGCAAGGGGUUACAGGGGGUUUCGCGUCUACAAGGACGUGUGUAUCGAUCGAGGCAAGUAUCUAUGGCUUUUCGACAUGAUAAUCAAAUAUGCAAUCUACCGAGUCCGAAAGACAUGGAUACG